AUGUGGCGAGCUUCAUACUACAACGAAGACUGGGAAAGACGCAAGACCUACUUACUACGUAGUUACUUUGAGGAUAUACCAAAGCUUGAAAAUUCAAAUAGUCAAUGUGAAUCUGAAAUAGAAAUUGUCUCCCAGAAAAGUAUUACUGAUGAGGAAACAAAUGAAUCAAUAAAUACCGCUGUUGAAUCUAAUAAUGACACGUUGGAGGAGAACAAUAAUUAUCAUUCCGAAGCUGAAAAUGCAAAAAAUAUCAUCACGAAUAGUAACAAGAGCAUUGGUUCUUCCGAAAAAACCAUAUCCAACGAGGAAAUUUGCAAAGGAGACAUUGUGGAUAACAAAUCUUCACAAUCUCCUACAUUUACCGAAAUCAUGCAGAGACGUUCCUCAUCUAGCGAUUCGAAACAUGAAGUUUUAACAAUGCAAGUUCAAGCUGAGGUUCAUGCAGAAAAUGAACCUGGAGAUUUUUGUCCUAGAAGCAAUAUGAUACUAAGAUAUGAUGACUCAAAUAAUAAUAGACGCACUUCAAAUUCAACUGAUCUUAGUGACCCUUCAAAUAAACAGUCAUCUCGAGCAUCUAUCUUAGGUGAUUUAGAAAUGAACGAUCAGGGUAAUGACCUACAAGAAUCUUCUGAUGAUGAGAUUGUAUUAAAAUACACUGACGAAACGAUCAAUGAGAAAGAUUCGACACAAGAAACGGAGUCAUCUAAACAAAUCUCAGUUAGUGAUGGUGUGAUUGAUGACGAAGUAGAUGAUUUGAUGAAAAUAGAUGAAAACUCAAGUGUGAAAGAGAUCACUACCGGUGAACGUCUAUCUUCUUGUGAAAUAAGUCAGGAUUCAUAUUGUAUUGAAAAUGAGAUUGAAACUAUGCGUGCCCAUACUCCUAUCCCCGAAAGAAGAGGUAGUAUCAUUACAGUUAAUGCUAGUGGGGUAAGUGAAACUGAAGAGAAUGCGAGUUUCAGAGAACAUCUAAAAAACCGCCGAACAUUUUCUUUACCACAAAAUGAUGAGAUUGAAGAAGAACUUCAAAGAAUCGAUAAUGAAGAUGAGUUGGACCCACUUGAAAGCAAUGCUAAUGUCAUGAAUGGAUAUUUUACUUGA